AUGCAGAGUUCAAGAACAUUUUUCUCGGCAGCGGCAGAAGCCAUCGCAAAUAUGAAAGAAAUCCUUACAGAGAUCCUUGUGUCGGUACCAGCUCGAUCACUGGUCCGUUUCAAGUGCGUCUCCAAGCAUUGGUAUUCUCUUAUCUCCAAUCCCAAGUUUUGUCACCGCCACACCCUCCAAAAUUCAAACCCCAACAUCUCCGCUUUCCUCUUCGUCGGCAAAAUCGAACAUGAGUCGUCCCUUGAUUGCAUCCGGCUUGGUACUCAUGCCAAUGUAUCUGGGAAUCCCUUCAUAGCUCUUUCUGGUUUGGGGUUGAAGGUUGUUCAGUCCUGUAAUGGCCUCUUUCUCUGCGUUCCGAGAUUUUAUGAACGAGGACUACAUGAUCCCAUCUAUGUUAUUAAUCCCACAACAAAUCAAUUCUUGGCUCUCUCUUGUCCGAAGGGCGAGGUCGGAAACUUUGUACGUUAUGCUUUGGCUUUUGACCCUUCAAAAUCAAGUCAUUACAAGGUGGUCUGCCUUAGUAGCAAUGAGAUAGAGAUAUAUUCAUCGGAGACUCGAACUUGGAGGCUUCUAGAGAUUUCUUUACCCUCAAGUCUGGAUAAUUUCGGCUUUGGCACUAUUAGUACAAUGGAAAACGGGGUAUAUUGUAAUGGCACAAUUCAUUGGAUGACGGACAUAUUUAAGUCAAGAUUCAGCUAUGAUGAAGGUGGAAACUUGGUAACGGACAGCCAUUUGUUAUACUACUAUGACAUGAGUGAAGAAUGUAUGGGAGUGGCUGGUCAUAUUCCAACUGGUGAAAGUUACGACUCGUUUCCACAUUACAUUCGUAGAUAUUUUGGAGAGUCUAGUGGCCAUUUGUAUCUGAUUGACAUAUAUAGGGACAGUGAGACACAAUUUGAUGUGAUGGGAAUGACAAGAGAUUUCUCUGGCUGGUUUGUCAGGUACCAUGUUGAUCUUAACCUGGUGAAUAUUGGUCUACAUAACUCUUACUUGUAUGUCUUGUUUCCCGGCAAAGAAGAAGAUCAUCAGGAACACGAACGGAGGGCUUCAUCUGUGUUGUUUAUUCCUCGUUGUCAUACGAUCAUAUCACCUAAGCAUGGAAAAGGGAGAAGGAAAAGAAAUAAGACCUUUGAGAUUUCACUGGAAGGUUCUGUAGUUUUAGAUCAGGGUUAUUAUUACAUGGAGACCUUAGCUCCUGUCAUGUGA